GAGAACUUCUUCUUUAGGUAGAUUCUGUUAGGUAAGGACUUAGUCUGAUAGUCUCUUUCUAGUGCCUUCCACAUUCCCAAUGCCGUGGUUUCAUGCAUGAUCUUCCUCAGUAUAACAUCUGAGAGACAUAUGCUGAAUAAGCUCCUGACUCGGAGGUCCUUAUCAGACUUCUUAUUGUCGACUUUAGCCUCCUUUUCAUCUUCGACCUUUGCUGUGUCUGACGUUGGUUCUUCAUCGUUGAGAACUGAGGCUAAUCCUUGAAUCUCCAGUUGCGCAAGCAUCUUGAACUUCCAUAAUCCAAAAUCUCCCUUUCCGUCGAACUUCUGUACCUCGAACUUCCCUGGCGUGGGUUCCAUACCGUAGUAAUCGAUUUCUUCCUCCUGUUACCUGCAGAUAACAAAGAGCAAACAACCCCACAGCAAUCCAGAAUCCAACGCUAACACUUAGAUCGAUUUCAGAGAAAGAAAGACUCCCUUAGAUUCCUUGAUGAUUCAGAUCUAAUCUUUGCCGAUCCACCUUGAUUCUUUCGAGUUCCUUCGGAUCCCUCUCUCCGCACUUCACCGUGCUCUGAUACCACUUGUAGAAGAUCCUAACUCGAUCUUUAGCUCGUUCACUCUCACGAUCUCUCUAGUUUCUCUCUCGUGCUAAACUCUCGUAUCACUCGUAUGUAGGUUCGCGACUCCGUUAUACGACUCGAUCGAGAUUACGUAACAAGAAAGAGGUUGAAGGAAAGAGAUGACACAAGCAAAGUUUUAGAGUUCCCUGUCAAUGUGACGAGGUACGUCUCCUUUAGGAUCGGCACCUGGAAUCCACUAUAUUUUUCUUGGGUGAUUACAGAAGCUUCUUACUCACAGGAUAACAAUGGCGAACUCUCUAAGCCUAUCUUAUAAAGGCGAUGCCGUUACAAGCUUUUAUCCCCUGUGUCGCACUCCUCGUGGACUGUGUGUCAAUUCUUCCUCUUGGGCCUCUUUCAGCUAUUCUCAGGCCCAAGUCCAUGCCACAACUCACACACCGAAAGAGAGAGAAAGAAGUGGUUAUGGUUUUCAACAGUGCGGUGGUUGUGGCUGUAGCCGACGUCUUCACAGACACGUGGCAGAUGAUCUGGAGGGUUCCGUCGUCGCAGAGGAUCAACGCUGAGCAGCUCAUGGACAUGGCGAUUUGGUACCCGAUGUAUCAGUUGAGUCGUUUCGUGCUCUGUUUUUGGACUUUCAUGUGUCUCCCUCCUGAUGAUUCCUUCUACUCCUACAGCUAGGAAUCUUAAUCCGCUUCUUCUUCUCCUUCUUGUUUUCAUGACUAUUACAAUUAUUAAUCUAUUCAUAUUGACUUUUUACUGACUUCAUUAAUCCUUUCAAUAGCUUUUCUGAGCUUCUUGAUUAGGUGAUGCCUCUGUUUCUUGAAAAUGUUACAAUCUUUUUCUUGUUUUUUUUCUCAGUCUCUGUAAAUUGUUACACUUGGAUAUUCAAAAUACAAAAAGAAAAACAGAUAUAUAAUGCUGGUUUUGUGAUGAUUUUGUUCUUUAAGCAAUGGUUGUUUUUCUUUCCAUGUUGGUUUUGUGAUGAUUAACAUAUUGAUCUGCUAAAAAUGUUGUUUGAUUUUUUUUCAUCUAGUGUUGAUUCUCAUUGCCUUAUAAGACCAUGAAGUUGUUUACUGCUUAACACACAUUUUAACACUUUCAAGAAAGUCAGAUGCUUUGUAGAGAUGUAACGCUGUUCUAAAUCAGAUCACAGCUUCUGGUGUCUGUGUCUUUUUUGAUGAAUCAGUAAUACUACAGGUAAGGCAACGACAUCUUCCAUAUGGGCCGGUCUGUUUCAAUUGACUGUGUUUAGACUUUAGCCCAACAUGUUUGCAAAUUGUUAAAUGCAAGUAUAUCAUGAAGGAUGUUUGUCCAUAUUGACCCAUAUUUACCUCGUUUAUUUAUUAUAUUUUACAAUUUUGGUCAAUAAUAGUCUUGAUUUCGUUUUGAUAACUUUUGUAAAAAGAAAAACAUUUUCUGUGUGGUGUAAAACAGAAAUGUAAUAAUCACCCAAUGCAUGACUUUUAGUGUGAAACAACAAAAAUAUAUGAACAUAUACUUGACAUUUUGUGUCAAAGAUAGUAACAAGUCAAAAUUGGAUUCAAAAGUUUCAUCUUUUGCAUAAGUGUCUGUGAUUCACCAGGAAAAAGAAGAUGAAGAUAAAGUCACAUGUGUCUCAAUAGUCUUUCCCUGAAGACAAAAGCUUACAUCCAUUCACAUGAUCAUGUCCAAUCAUGUCAUACAUACAUCCCUACUGUGUCUUUACAUGUGGAAACACAAAACUAUUAAUAAUACACAUGUACACAUAUAGCUUUUCAAAUCUACGAAACUUGUUCUUGGCAAUAUUAAGAACAUAUAUAAGUUCAAAAAAAAAAAUACUAAGAACAUAUGCAAAGGUGAAUUUUUCAGAUAGAUUUUAAAGUUCUUAAUAUUUACAUUUUCAUAUUAUUAAGUUAUUUAAUUAAGGCUAUAAUUUCCUAAAACAUUUAGAAUCAAUAUAGGUUAAGAAAGUGUAUUAUGAGUAAUUAAGAGAUUCUUAUUCAAGUAUUCUUCUCCCAUAUUCUUUUUUUUUUAAUUGUUAAAAAGCCCCAUUGAGAUGCUCUAUAAGACUAUAAACCAUAUAUGAUGACACUUAAUGUAAUAAACUUUCUACCCAUCAUUUCAAUUGUUUCCGUUUUUCGUAAUCUAUUUUCUCAACUAUUUAUACACACAAAAGAGAAUCUCGAUUUGUUAGAAGUUUAUAAAGUUUGCAUAAUGAAUGCAAUAAUGGAGUGGUCUAAGGAAUAAAUAAAUAAAAAAUAGUAGAAAAAGCUUGUGGUUCCACCUCCUUUCUCAUGCAUGCAUUAAUCAACAAAUCUUUUAUAAUCCAUCAUAUGCGACUCUUUUUAUCAUAUCCUAGCCAAAAAAAGAAACUAAUGGUUUGAAAAACAAUUUGAAAAGAGAUUUUAGUACACUUCAAAUCUCCAACUACCAUUGAAAAUCAUAAUUGCCCACACUUGUGGCCUUGUGGGAUAAAAGUUUCGUUAAUAAAAUCGUUUUCUACAACUCUUAAAAAUACCACCAACAACGAACUCAAUCGGGCUUAAUGUGGGAUCUAUCAGUCUUCGUUCAAGUAGAACGUAAAAACAUAUAUAUAAAUAAUUGCUUACAUGUGAAAGUGAAACCAAUAUAAUCUCAUAAUAUGACGUCAAUGCACCAUGUGGAUGCAUAAUGGCGUGAAUAUUGCAUUAUAUAGAUAAUACGUGUUUGUGAUAUCGUGACCUAACAGCGAUUAUCGAUGACACUGCUCACUCGUGUUUUUGGACUUACGCUCAAGUGGGCGGAAGCUACAACAUCAAAAUGUACAUUUUUAAAUUGAAUAGCGCAUUAUAAAAAUAAAUGAUAAAGACAAGUUUUGGGUGGCUACCUAAUGGAACUUUGUCCAUAUCAUCCAUUAUAUACAUAAUACUGUAUACUUUUUUUUGUUCAUGUUUUUUAUAAUUGAAUGCAUUGCCUCAAAUCUCGACCCAUUUGCAUAUGGUGAAUCGCACAAAAAACAAUCACCGACAAGAAUCCAAUCACUCUUUAUUGAAAUGGUCCUCUAGAUUUAUGGGUCAUUAGUAAAAUUUAGACCCUAAAAAUAUUGAUUGAAAGUGCAUAGUUAAAAUGAAAAAUUGAACUUCCUUUCCUUCGCAUUGGAUACCUUUACUAUUAUUAUUCACUUUUUUGACCGUUUGGCCACUUAUUAACAUUAUUCCGAUUUUACCGCUCUCCGUGAUCUGUGCGUCAGUCAUGGGCUCACGGGAGUGACAUACGCGUACGGUGGGUGAUUACAACUUCUCUCACGUGUGGCUUUUGGUUACAACACGUGUGAUCUCUACUGGCAAGCUUUUCCAGUUAAUGGCAGUGACAUAUCCGAAUCGAAUCGAUGAUGACUCUGUAGCUGAGGGUAGUUAAACAUAAACGGCGUUAAUUGGAAGUUUGGAACCUUUAACGGUAGGUUCUGCAGUGCUACCGGAACUACCCAUACCCUUAAUGUAAAGUUUUUCUCCAUAACACACUCUCUUUUUUUGUAACACUCUUCUAUCUUCAAGAUAUAUUUUAUAAACAUUUUUCUUAAUGAACAUUCCCAUCUCCGUACUACACAAAGCUGAAAAAAAUCAAAAUUCAUAUAUAACAUUAAAUGUAAUGUUAUAAUGGAAAUUUGCAUUUACCCUAAUUAUGGGCAUGCAAGUUAAAAAUAAAUACAUUAUGGGCUAUCUUUGACCAGGGCAUGCAAUCUACCACAUUUUAACGAAUUAUAAAACAAAUACUCCUUUGGCGGUAGCAGUACAAAUUUGUUCUCAUUAUAUCAAAACCCUAUGUGGUGUUAUUCAAUUUAUAUGUGUUUUUGCAUUAUUACUAUCCAGUGUUCACAUUGUUUUUAUGGUUAAUCACUUUCACAGUUGACGAAAAUUGAGGUAGAUUAUAUAAAUUACUAACAUCAAUCUAGUAUUAAGAACUCCUUUCUAGUAUUUUUAUCUUCUAUAUAUAUUUAUAAACAUUUUAUUAUCAAUUUUGUAAUUUCUCAUCUCCGUGCUACACAAUGCUGAAAACCACAAUGCAUACAUUUUAUAAUUUUAUUGUUUUUAUGGAUUUUUAAAAAAUAAAUUUGCACCUAUCCUAAUUAUGGGCAUGCAGUUAAAGAUAAAGAAUGAGAUAUCUUUGACCAGGGCAUGCAGUCGACCACAUUUUAACGAGUUAUAAAACAAAUACUCCUUUGGCAGUACAAUUUUUUGUUCUCAUUAUAUCAAAAACCAUGUGAUGUUUAUUCAAUUUAUCUACUCUUCAGCUUUCACAUUGAUUUAGGGUUAAUCACUCUUCACCGUUGACGAACAUUGAGGUGGAUUAUAUAAAUUACUAACAUCAGUCGUGAAAAACAAAAUUAAUUAUUUUAAAAUAUCAAAUAAUGCAGAGCAACAUGCGAAAAGUAUUAGAGCAUAAAGAAUCUUUGUCUUAGUGAUGAGUGAUAACAUUGAAAUUCGAAUUAUAUCAAAUAAUAUUAUUAUUAUUAACCGUGGAUUAAACGCCAAUCUGGCUCUGAACCCUUCUGACCAUUCCACAUUGUCUUCUUUAAAAUUUUCAAAUCAUUUUCUUGGAAUUUCCACCAGAUUCCUUGAUAUUCUUAUAACCAUUUUACGAAACUAUUUCAAUAUUUCUUUUGAUUUUCCAUCAAUAUUUAUAGUCCUAAUAGAAAGGUUUCUGUCAUUUUCAGCAUGUAAUAGCUAUAUUCAAGUGUAUUAAAUAUCUUCUUCUUUGACAUCAGUGUAUUAAAAAUCUUAAAAAAUAAAUUCGUGUGUCAAAUAGUUUAUACACUUUAUUUAGAACAAAAUAUUUAGAAAUAAAAGGCGAAUAUUCGCCAUAAAGGGUAAAAAA